AUGUUGAUACAAAUCAGUCAGUUUAACUGUGGCACAGGCACUGCCCAGAUAGUGAGUGGGAGUCGGGUGGCACUGGACCAGUGGCACAGUGUCGUUAUCGGCAGGGAGGGUGCGAUUGGCUGGCUAAGACUGGACAAUGACACACCUGUGACAGGACACGCACAGGGCGACUACAAUAAGAUCACAUUCAGAACCCCUCUUUACGUGGGCGGCUCCCCUAAUGCUUAUUGGCUGGCCAGGACAGCAGGGACCAAUCGGGGUUUCCAGGGGUGUAUCCAGACGCUAAGUAUCAACAGCAGGGUGACGGACAUGAGGCCUUGGCCAAUGGGAUGGGCUCUUAGUGGGGCGGAUGUGGGUGAAUGCAGUGCCCGUGUCUGUGAAGGGGUCACCUGUGCCAAUGAAGGAACUUGCUUUGCCAGCCAUGCAGAUGGGUACAUAUGUCUGUGUGCACUGGGUUAUAGGGGUCCUCUAUGCCAGGAGAGCUUCCAGCUGGUGGUGCCGUACUUUAAUGCGUCUGUGCUGUCAUACGCUAGCGCCCUCUGGCCUCGGUCCUCCAGACACUACCUGUCCUGGAUGGAGUUUGAGGUGACCUUCAGGCCGACGGCUCCUGAUGGCAUUCUGCUCUACAGCCAGGACUCAGCCAGCAGAGACUUCCUGUCAAUCAGUCUGCUGGGAGGAUACUUGGAGUUCAGCUUCGACUGUGGCUCUGGGACAGCCACCAUCAGGAGUGAAGAGACGCUCACAAUGAACGAGUGGCAUCAGCUGCGUGUCUCCAGGACGGGCAGAGAGGGCAUCCUGCAGGUGGAUAACCAGAUGCCCACACACAGCCUGGGUGAGGGAGCAUUCACUCAGAUCAGGUGCAGCGGUCCUCUGUACAUCGGGGGCGUUCCAGAACACACCAAUCCCAGGACUAAGAUCAACGCUGGUGCUGCCCUGCUCCACCACUUCACUGGCAGUAUCCAAAAGAUCACUCUUAAUGAGCGCAGCAUCCGUCUGCCCCAGGACUUCUCUGAAGGGGUAAACAUAGAGAACUCCCUGCACCCCUGUGUAGACUCACCCUGUGCCAACAGGGGCACGUGCCGCCCAAAACAGGCCUUGUAUGAGUGUGACUGUCCCCUGGGAUACACUGGAAAGCACUGCCUACAAGUAACCGAGGCAACUGAGACUCCCCAGUUUAUUGGACGAAGCUACCUCGUUUAUAACAACAAGGACAUUUUAAAGAGGGUGUCAGGCUGCAGGACUCAUGUGUUGCUGCGCUUUAGGAGCUCCGCUCAGGAUGGCUUGUUGCUAUGGCGAGGCCACACUCCUGUGAGGGCCAACAGUGACUUUGUUUCUCUGGGCUUGGAGGACGGGGCUCUCAUCUUCAGCUAUAACCUUGGAAGUGGUGUUGCCAUAGUAAUGAUCAAUGGAACCUUUAGUGAUGGACAAUGGCAUCGGGUCAAGGCAAUCAGAGAUGGCCAGUAUGGGAGCCUGACAGUGGACCACUAUGAGACCAGUACAGGGAGAUCACCAGGCAACAUGAGACAGCUCAAUACCAACAGCAUGGUGUACCUUGGUGGAAUGAAAGAGGUUGGCUUGUAUAACCAUGGCCAGUACUUGUGGGGCCUGGUGGGCUGCAUUUCUCAACUCACCCUCUCUACUGACUACCACCUGUCUCUGGUGGAGGAUGCAGCCGCUGGCAAGAACAUCAACACAUGCAGGCCCUGACAGCUGCUGACCUCGUUUCCCUGGGCACUCAUUUACAGGGGGGACUCAUUUACACGGGGGACCAUGAGCAGACUAUAUCAUGUUUUAUAAUUAUGUUCAUAUUUACUGUAUGUCUUGGGAUGAACCCAAACACUCAAUUGAUGGUUAAACUUGCAAAUAUUUGAUUAUUUAUUGUUUUUUUACUGUAAAGAAUUUCCAUUGUUUUGAAAAUGUAUUGAUUUUUUUAAUGGGAUUCCCGUCUCAUGGACAGUAGAGGCAUGAAACAGCCUUCUAGAAUAUCUUUGUGCCUGAUACUGAGGUGGGGUGUAGGGUUUGUACUGUCAGAUACUGCUAUCCAGCUGUUUUGUGUAUUUAAUCCCGUAAUACAUGCAUUGUAUUACUUUACGUUCAUAUUCUUAACUCCUAUUAGUUCUUAUUGUUGUUGCAUUGUAGAGAAGGAACCUGCAAGUAAGCAUUUCCUUGGACAGUGUACACCAUGUGUAUCCUGUACAUAUGACGAAUACAACUUUCAACUUGUAUUGUAACCAUAUAUCUGUCAAAGGAAAUGUAUAGGAUGUAUAUGUAUUGCAAUAUGCAGAAGAUUUUCUGGAUGUGGAAAUGUAUACAAAU